ACACACACACACACACAAGUGAAGUGUUUGCUAUAUUGCCGACAGUUUUCAAGCAGCACCAAUUAAGCACCAGCACCAAGCAGUGCAAGCCUCCGCCCCAGCCCUCUACACUGCCUAUUUUUAUCAAUCAAAGGCUCAGGCGUUUAGAUGGAAGCAAUAGAAGAAAGAAGAAGGGGAAACAAUGGAGGAGGAUGAAGAAGAAAUGAGAAAUAAAGGUGGAAUUUGAGAAGGAACCAAGGUGUAACAUUUAGCUUUGAGGGUGGCGGUGAGUGUCUGGCUGCGCCGCCCUCUAGUGGCGAGCGUUGGCGGCCACGUGUAGGAGGUAAACACCACUGCUUCUGACAUCAUGACAUCCAAAGUGACAUUCAAGAUCACCCUCACCUCAGACCCCAAGCUGCCCUACAAAGUACUCAACGUGCCUGAGAACACGCCCUUCACUGCUGUGCUAAAGUUUGCUGCUGAGGAAUUCAAAGUACCUCCCGCAACUUCUGCCAUCAUCACCGAUGACGGCAUUGGCAUCAACCCCAGCCAGACUGCCGGGAAUGUGUUCCUGAAGCACGGCUCUGAGCUGCGUCUCAUUCCCCGUGACCGUGUGGGGCAGCUUGAGUAGUGGCGGACUGGGACUCAAGCAAUGAAAGGCUGUCGUCAGUAUCUCCAUUUCCCAUUCACUUUCUCUCUCUCACUUCUCCUUUUGCUGCUUUUGAAAAGAUGAAAAUUACUUUGUGAUACAUUUUCCAGCCACAGUAUUCUUUUGUUUAUCCAUUGAUUUUCUUAUACCAAUCUUUUUGAUACAGUUGUACAUAAUUUAUGAUGAAAAGAUUUCUUUAUAUUGUUAUCAGUCUGAAAUUAUUUAUUUAAUCCUAAAAUGUGUAGAUCAUAAAUUCAUUCUUAGCCUUUGCCAAGAGACUGCUAACAAGUUUGUGCAAGUUCCUGUAUGCAGUGCAGUGGUCUCAGUGAGGUAAAACUCUAGCCCAUGAGGUGCUAAGGUGAGGAGGGAGCCACCCAUCUCCCCACCACUUCCCAGGGGCAGAUGGGGUCUCAGGUCUGGCAGCCACUGCAUUCUGAGGUCACCUGUUUUGUUACUAAGGUCUUGUUAUGUCUGUGCCUUCUAUUAGGACAGAGACACUCAUCGUCUCCAUUUUUAAUAUUCUCCAUAUUUCUUAUUUGCAGUAUUCUUAAUUCCUUCUUCUUGUUCUUUCUGGUUUCAUCAUCAGUGUAAAUGUUAUAGUAUAUUUCAUCUUGUGAAAUUGUUAUUAAGUAUCAGUGCAACUGUCAAUAAACUAUUUUGAUUAA